AGAAUGGUAUUUAAUGUCAGAUGAAGCUGUUCCUCAUAUUUCUCUUUCUUUGCAUCCUGAGCAUCAAGCUAAGGAAUUGGGAGGAGUGGUAAAGCACUCUCUGGCAGCUGGGGACUGGCAGGACACCCCAGUCACCAACAUAAGCUCUGAGACAACACAGGCUCAGCAAAAUCUUGGAGGCACCAACAUAACCUACACUCACGAGGGAAUCAACAUGGCGGAUGGAAUAACACAGGAGGAACCACAUCAAUGUGAAGAGCUGGUUAGCAGGACAGAAAAGGUAAGACCAGAUUUAGAAACCAGCCCUCUUGAGGGACCACAGGUGAGACAGCUGUUCACAGAUGGUUGUUGUUUCAGGCAUGAUGCUGAAGGACUGAAGGCUGCUUAUGCUAUAGUGGAACAGACAGAAUCAGGACUGGUAACAGUGGAAGCAAAAAGGUUGGAAGGACCCCAAUCAGCACAGAGAGCAGAAGUUAUGGCAGUAAUAGCAGCACUCAGACUGACAGAGGGGCAGGAAGUGAACGUGUCCACAGACUCAGCUUACUCAGCAGGAGCCGUUCAUCUGGAACUCUGUCAGUGGUUGAGAGCAAGAUUUUUGACAGCUGGAAGGAAACCUAUAAAACAUGAAGCAGAAAUGAAAGAGCUAGCAGAAGCCUUGUUGUUACCAGCAAAAGUAGCAGUGAUCAAAUGUAAAGGACAUGACAGCAGUGAUUCAGAAGUAGCAAGAGGGAAUUGGGCUGCUGAUCAUUCUGCCAAGAUAACAGCAGGUUAUAUUGCUCAGAUGAUGAUGGAGGCUGAAGAGGAGGAAGUGAGAGAACAAUUGACCUUAGAGAGAGUAGUGGAGCUGCAAAGCAGAGCAGCCCCUGAGGAGAAGAACAUGUAGAGGAUGAGAAGAGCUGCAGAGCAGUCAGGAUGUUGGAGAGGACCAGAUGGUAGGAUGGUGUUCCCUCCUGGACUUAAACAGAAACUUUUUUCUGAGGCACAUGGAGUAGGAUACGUUGGAAUUAAACAGAUGCUGGAGAAUCUGAAGGAGUGGUGGCAUCCUUUUAUGACAGACAUGGUGAAACACUUUGUGAAAUGCUGUACAGUGUGUGGGCAAUUCAACCCAAAGAAAACUUUGACACCGUUGCAGGGAAAAUUUCCUUUAAUCACAAGGCCAGGAAAGGAAAUAAUUAUUGACUAUACAGACAUGGUGCAGUCAGUAAGAGGUUUCAGAUAUCUGCUUGUGUGUGUGGAUGCUUUCACAGGAUGGCCAGAAGCAUGGCCAGCAAAAAGGAAGAUAGCAAAAGUGUGGUUAAAUGUCUCAUUAAUCAUUACAUUCCCAGACACGGGUUUCCUGAAAAGAUAAGGACUGACAAUGGAACCCAUUUUAAGAACCAGGAGCUGCAACAAGUGGAGUCCAGUUUGGGGCUGAAACACAGGUGUUCAGUGAACUCAACCACAGGAUACACUCCAUACGAGCUGGAAACCGGAAGGAGUUUUCCGGGACAACAAGGAGCAGUUCUGACAUCUACAGGUGAUAUACAGAAUCUGUCACACAAAGUCUAUUUUUCUCAGCUACAGACGGUGGUGGAACCCUACAACAAGGUUCUGGGAUCUGAGAGAUCUACAGGAGAGCCAACAACACCCCAGGUCGAGUGGGUGUGGUUGAAAGUCAUCAAGCAAAAGUGGGCGGAGCCAAGGUUCACAGGACCGUACCAGGUGACAGAGAGGACAUCCCACGCAGUGAGGCUGAAGGGCAAAGGAGACACGUGGUUUCAUUGGAGCCAGUGCGCCGAGGCACCGGAACCAGGGAGACCCCUGGAGGAGAUUGGAGAAAACACAGCUUCAUCACAAGGGGCAGAAUAAUCCCCUCAGCUGUGUCAGACAACUAGGCAGUCUACCUUAGUUGUUGAAGAAAGAAGUCCAACAGACACCAGCGCACAAGAUGUCACCUGUAUAAGGGACCAACGAACAGCGAGACUGCGCCACCCGGAGGACGAAAGGACGAGAGAAAACAAAAAAAAACAAAAAAAUAACAUUUUCAAUUUAUGGUUUUUACUUAACAAAAGUUAUAUUUUAUAUGUUUUUGCAUUUUUACUCUUUUAUUAUAUUCAUCUAUUGUUGUGCUUACUGUUCAGGGGCCAUAAGGAUUGUAGUGAUUGAACCCAGGCAUUGUUU